AUGAACGACACAAGCAUGCCGGUAGUAGGAAGGAAUCUCCUCGGCGUGGUGGUGCCUAUGCUUCUCUGCUUCUCCUUGGGUUUUGUCGUGGGCAUCACCUGCAACGCCAAGUUCCCAAAUUUCUACCUCCCUUUCGUGCCGCCAUUGCCCUCUGCGAGGAUGUGGUCACCAUCACCACCUCCAUUGUUGCCGCCGCCUGUGCCAUCGUCACCACCACCACCGGCCCUACAACCUCCGCCUCCUCCAUCGCCACCUCCACCUACACCUUCAACGACAUCAGUACAAAGCCCUAAGGUGGAACUGAUGAUUGGCUCUCUUAGCAGUGUCAAGAGCAACAACAUGACCGACGAGGAGCUGCUCUGGUGGGCGUCCAUGUCGCCCAAGGUCCGCGCCACGCCGUACCACCGCGUGCCAAAGGGGCACGACGGCCUCUACUCCAUCUACGUGCACGCGGAUCCGUCCUACACCGGCUCGCCGCCGGAGGACUCCGUGUUCUACGAUCGUAUGAUCCGAAGCCAGAAUACGUCCUGGGGAGACGUGACCCUGGUGGACGCCGCGCGCCGGCUGGUGGCGAACGCUCUGCUGGACCUCGGCAACCAGCGGUUCGCGCUGCUCUCGGAGUCGUGCAUCCCCCUCUACAACUUCACCACCGUGUACGCGCUGCUCACCGGCUCCAACACCAGCUUCGUGGACAGCUUCGUCAACCACGACAGCGAGGUGCGGUACGACCCUUUCUUCGGCCAGCGCGCCGCCGGCGGCAACAUCACGCUCGCGCAGUGGCGCAAGGGCGCGCAGUGGUUCGAGAUGGACCGGGCGCUCGCGGUCGAGCUCGUUUCCGACGACACCUACUUCCCAGCGUUCCGCGAGUACUGCGCGCGCAACAGGUACUGCUUCGCGGAAGAGCACUACCUGCCGACGCUGCUGAGCGUGCUCGGGUGGACGCGCAACGCCAACCGGACGCUCACGUACGCGGACUGGAGGGGAGGCGGCUCUCACCCGCGCACGCACGGGGCAGGGGACGCCACGGAGGCGCUGAUCAGGGAGAUCAGAGCGAGCACCGCCGGCGGCGGCUUCGGCCCAGGCGGCGAAAACAACUGCACCGCCUACAAUGACGGAGCGAGCGGCGUCUGCUACGUGUUCGCGCGCAAGUUCGCGCCCGACACGCUCGAGCCGCUGCUCCGCUUGGCACCAAUGGUUAUGGGGUUUGGGUUAUAG